CCGCCCCGCCCCGCGGUGACGUCACUGGGGCUGGCGGUGCCGGCCGGGUGGGAGCUGCGGCCGCUCUCGGGCUCGGCUCCAGGGAGAGCGGGGCGCGCGGCCCUGAGCGUGGUGCCAUCAAGCUGGUGCUCUGCGCAGGCCAGCUGGGGCGCUGCCCACUGCACCUCAGGGAAGGCGGCUGACAGCCCAGCGGGGAAGGAUGAUGCCUCUGGGUGAGGAUGGGCCGAGCUGGAAGAAGAGAGCCCAGGACAUCCGGGAGAUCUACGAGUUCCGUGAGACCCUGGGCACGGGAGCCUUCUCCGAGGUGGUGCUCGCUGAGGAGAAGAGGAGCCGGAAGCUGGUGGCCAUUAAGUGCAUUGCCAAGAAGGCCCUGGAGGGGAAGGAGACCAGCCUGGAGAACGAGAUCGCCGUCCUGCACAAGAUCAAGCACCCCAACAUUGUGGCUUUGGAUGACAUUUACGAGAGUGGGGGUCACCUCUAUCUCAUCAUGCAGCUUGUCUCAGGCGGGGAGCUCUUUGAUCGGAUUGUGGAGAAGGGGUUCUACACGGAGCGGGAUGCCAGCCAGCUGAUCCGGCAGAUCCUGGACGCCGUGCGGUACCUGCACGACAUGGGCAUUGUGCACCGGGACCUGAAGCCCGAGAACCUGCUCUAUUACAGCCCGGACCCGGACUCCAAGAUCAUGAUCAGCGACUUCGGCCUGUCGAAGAUUGAGGGCUCUGGCAGUGUCAUGUCCACGGCCUGCGGGACCCCUGGCUACGUGGCCCCGGAGGUGCUGGCGCAGAAGCCCUACAGCAAGGCUGUGGAUUGCUGGUCCAUUGGUGUCAUCGCCUACAUCCUGCUGUGUGGUUACCCCCCCUUCUACGACGAGAACGAUGCAAAGCUCUUUGAGCAGAUCUUGCGGGCCGAGUACGAAUUCGACUCGCCCUACUGGGACGACAUCUCUGAGUCAGCCAAAGAUUUCAUCCAGCACUUAAUGGAGAAGGAUUCCAGCAAGCGCUUCACAUGUGAGCAGGCCCUGCAGCACCCCUGGAUCGCCGGCGACACUGCGCUGGACAAGAACAUCCACCAGUCUGUCAGUGAACAGAUCCAAAAGAACUUCGCCAAGAGCAAGUGGAAACAAGCGUUCAAUGCCACCGCCGUGGUGAGACACAUGAGGAAGCUGCAGCUUGGGACCAGCCAGGAAGGACCCGGGCAAACCACUCCAACCAGCCCCUGCGACCUGCUGGAGGCUGGCGCCAGCAACGGGUCAGACUCCAGGGGCUGUGACAGGUCGCUGGGGCCCAGCUCUCACCGCCCCCCCCAGGACUGACGGCACCCAGCAUGGCCCUACCUCGCCAGCACUGCCCCACGGGGGCUCUGGCCUCGGGGACGACCUGCACGGGGUGGGUGGCGCUGGCGUCUCAUUGCGGUGGCUGCCAUGCGCCAAGCCGGGCGACUGGACGCAGCCCUGGCAGGCCACAGCAGAGAGCUGGCCUGGGACUGAGACUCCAGCGGAGACAGCAACAGCAGCUGGCGCUUGGGGCAUGGCCGCCCCCCUGCAGGGUCCAGGCUAGGAACCCAGCAUUUCCCCUGGGGCAGACCCAGGGCCCAGCCUCCCUGGGGGCCACGCCUGGGCUAGGCACACUGAUCCCCCUAGGCUGGGGCUUGCAUGUACUUGCUCACGCCACUUCAGCCCCCUUCCCUCCCUCCGCUCCACAGACGGGAGCUCAGGUACCAGGGGAGCUGGGGCUUGCGCUCUGGCCAGACCCCCAGCAAGGGGCCCUGAGCAGGCUACAUGCCUAGCUUCACUGCGGGGGGUAGGGCUUGGUGCAGCCAAGCUGCAGGGUGACUGGCUGGGGCUGGGCUCUGCCGUGGAACAAGGGGCCGGUUCACCUAGCUGCAGCCCCCACUUCUAGCCCCCGAUCCUGCCCCCCACACCCACGUCCCCGGCCCCUCCCUGCAUGGUCAAGCAGAAUUUCCACGCAAGGCUGUUUCUACGUUGACGCUUGUAUUAAAGGAAAGCAGCAAAUGCA